GCAUGCGCGGCGGGCAGGAAGCGGCGGCAGCUGGUGCGGCGACAGGGGCUGCCGGGGCCACGGGCGCCAUGUCGGGCCGCUCGGUGCGGGCCGAGACCCGCAGCCGCGCCAAGGAUGACAUCAAAAAAGUGAUGGCGGCCAUCGAACGCGUUCGAAAAUGGGAGAAGAAGUGGGUGACUGUGGGAGACACAUCCCUUCGGAUAUUCAAGUGGGUGCCUGUAGCUGACAGCAAAGAGAAAGAGAAGUCCAAAUCCAGUAGCACUGCUGUCCGAGAGCCCAACGGUUUUCCAGCUGAAGCUGCAGCAAACUCGUCGCUCCUCCUGGAGUUUCAGGAUGAAAACAGUAAUCAGAGCUCCUUGUCGGACGCCUACCAGCUCAAGGCCGACAGCAGCCCCGCCUCCAGCCCCAGCCCCCAGCAGAGUGAGUCGAUGAGCCCCACGCACAACUCCGACUUCCGCACCGACGACUCGCAGCCGCCCACGCUGGGGCAGGAGCCCCUGGAAGAACCUGCCCUGCCUCCCUCCGAAGUAGCAGAUGAGCCUCCAACCCUCACGAAGGAAGAGCCAGGUCCUCCAGAGGCUCAGGCAGCUGGAGGGGAGGAAGAUUCCGGAGCACCUCCACUGAAGAAAUUUUGUCCCGACCAGAAUUCUGCGUGCCAUACAGCCUCCGAGAGCUAGCCAGCCAGCUUCUCCCCCUGCAAUGCGGUCCUUUCCCAAGAGUCCGUCU